CUUUUCUCUACAGCAAAAGCUGGCAGGCUGACAGACGGGCAGCGUACAGGACGGACUCUCUGGCUACUGACCAUUUAGCUGUGGCAAACCCGGAUUGUGUGUGGGUGGGAAGUCGACAAUGAGCUCCGUGGCAGUUCUGACCCAGGAGAGCUUCGCUGAACACCGCAGCGGCCUGGCUCAGCAGCACGUGAAAGUUACAGCUUUAAACUCUGAAGAAGAGAAUGAUCCUCCAACCUACAAGGAAGCCUUCCCUCCGCUCCCUGAGAAAGCACCAUGUUUGGAAACCGCCCAGGAACCGGCUGGGCCCUGGUGCAAGAUUCGACCCAUAAAGGCUUCUGUCAUCACUCAGGUGUUCCACGUGCCACUGGAGGAGAGGAAGUACAAGGACAUGAACCAGUUUGGAGAAGGCGAGCAGGCCAAGAUCUGCCUGGACAUCAUGCAGAAGACAGGAGCUCACCUGGAGCUGUCUCUUGCGAAGGACCAGGGCCUUUCCAUCAUGGUCUCUGGCAAGCUGGAAGCCGUCAUGAAGGCUCGGAAGGAGAUUGUCGCUCGGCUGCAGACUCAGGCUUCAGCGACAGUUGCCAUCCCCAAGGAGCACCACCGCUUUGUGAUCGGAAAGAACGGCGAGAAGCUGCAGGACCUGGAGCUCAAAACUGCGACCAAAAUCCAGAUUCCCCGCCCGGAUGACCCCAGCAAUCAGAUCAAGAUCACCGGCACUAAAGAAGGCAUCGAGAAGGCCCGACACGAGAUCCUGCUGAUCUCGGCUGAGCAGGAUAAACGUGCCGUGGAGCGCCUGGAUGUGGAGAAAGUCUAUCACCCCUUCAUUGCUGGCCCCUACAACAAGCUGGUGAGCGAGCUUAUGCAGGACACAGGGACGCGCAUCAACAUUCCCCCGCCCAGCGUCAACAAGACAGAGAUAGUCUUCACUGGAGAAAAGGAGCAGCUAGCCCAGGCCGUGGCUCGUGUGAAGAAGAUCUACGAGGAGAAGAAAAAGAAGACAACCACCAUUGCAGUGGAGGUAAAGAAGUCCCAGCACAAGUAUGUCAUCGGCCCCAAGGGGAAUUCCCUGCAGGAGAUCUUGGAGAAAACUGGAGUCUCGGUCGAGAUCCCACCCACUGACAGCAGCUCGGAGACGGUGAUACUGCGUGGCGAGCCUGAAAAACUCGGGCAAGCAUUGACUGAAGUCUAUGCGAAGGCCAACAGUUUUACCGUCUCCUCGGUCUCUGCCCCCUCUUGGCUUCAUCGUUUCAUUAUUGGAAAGAAAGGACAAAAUCUGGCCAAAAUAACUCAGCAGAUGCCAAAGGUUCACAUCGAAUUCACUGAAGGAGAGGAUAAAAUCACCUUGGAAGGACCUACAGAAGAUGUGAAUGUGGCUCAGGAACAGAUUGAAGUCAUGGUCAAGGAUCUGAUCAACCGGAUGGAUUAUGCAGAAAUCAACGUUGACCACAAAUUCCACCGACACCUUAUUGGCAAGAACGGAGCUAACAUUAACAGAAUCAAGGACCUCUACAAGGUGUCUGUGCGUAUUCCUCCGGACAACGAGAAGAGCAACCUGAUCAGAAUCGAAGGAGACCCACAGGGGGUCCAACAGGCCAAAAAAGAGCUGCUGGAACUCGCUUCCCGUAUGGAAAAUGAACGCACCAAGGACCUAAUCAUUGAGCAGAAAUUCCACCGGACCAUCAUUGGGCAGAAGGGCGAGCGGAUCCGGGAAAUCCGGGAGAAAUUUCCAGAGGUUAUCAUCAACUUCCCAGACCCAGCGCACAAGAGUGACAUCGUCCAACUUAGAGGUCCCAAGAACGAAGUAGAGAAGUGCACCAAGUACAUGCAAAAGAUGGUGGCAGACUUGGUUGAAAACAGCUUUUCUAUUUCUGUCCCCAUCUUCAAACAAUUCCACAAGAACAUCAUAGGGAAAGGAGGCGCCAACAUCAAGAAGAUCCGUGAAGAAAGCAACACCAAAAUUGAUCUCCCAGCAGAGAACAGCAACUCGGAGACGAUUGUUAUCACAGGCAAGAGAGCAAACUGCGAAGCUGCUCGCCACAGAAUCCUUGCCAUCCAGAAGGAGCUGGCCAACAUCACAGAGGUGGAGGUGUCAAUUCCCUCCAAGCUGCACAAUUCCCUCAUCGGCGCCAAAGGCCGCUUCAUCCGCUCCAUCAUGGAGGAGUGCGGCGGAGUCCACAUUCACUUCCCCACUGAAGGCUCUGGCAGCGACACUGUGACCAUCAGGGGCCCGGCCCAGGAUGUGGAGAAAGCCAAGAAACAGCUGCUGCACCUGGCAGAGGAGAAGCAAACAAAGAGCUACACCGUGGACCUCCGUGCAAAGCCCGAGUACCACAAGUUCCUUAUCGGCAAAGGUGGUGGCAACAUCCGUAAGGUGCGUGACAACACCGGCGCCCGCAUCAUCUUCCCAACCUCCGAGGACAAAGAUCAGGAGCUGAUCACUAUCAUGGGGACUGAGGAGGCUGUCAAGGAGGCACAGAAGGAGCUGGAGGCCCUCAUCAAGAACCUGGAUAACGUGGUGGAGGACUCCAUGGUGGUUGACCCUAAGCACCAUCGCCACUUCGUCAUCCGGAGAGGCCAAGUUCUGCGCGAGAUCGCUGACGAGUACGGUGGGGUCAUGGUCAGCUUCCCACGCUCUGGCACUCAGAGCGACAAAGUCACCCUCAAAGGAGCCAAGGAUUGCGUGGAGGCAGCCAAGAAACGUAUCCAGGAGAUCAUUGAGGACCUGGAAGCUCAAGUGACAAUCGAGUGCACCAUCCCACAAAAGUUCCACCGCUCCAUUAUGGGCCCCAAAGGAUCCCGCAUCCAGCAGAUCACCCGGGACUAUGGUGUCCAGAUCAAAUUCCCUGACAGGGAGGAGAACCCAGCCCCCGUGGCGGAGCCAGCGGUGCAGGAGAACGGCGAGGAGGGAGGUGAAAGCAAGGAUGGGGACCCCAGCUCUCCCAAGAAGUGCGAUAUCAUCGUCAUCUCCGGCCGCAGGGAGAAGUGUGAGGCAGCCAAGGAGGCGCUGCAGGCCCUGGUUCCUGUCACCAUUGAGGUGGAGGUUCCCUUUGAUCUUCACCGUUACAUCAUUGGCCAGAAAGGAAGUGGCAUCCGCAAAAUGAUGGACGAGUUUGAAGUGAACAUCCAAGUCCCUGCUCCGGAGCUGCAGUCGGAUAUCAUCACCAUCACCGGGCUGGCCGCCAACUUGGACCGUGCCAAGACGGGGCUGCUGGCAAGAGUGAAGGAGCUGCAAGCUGAGCAAGAGGAUAGGGCCUUGCGAAGCUUUAAGCUGACAGUCACUGUGGAUCCCAAGUAUCACCCUAAAAUCAUUGGAAGAAAGGGAGCAGUGAUCACCCAGAUACGCACAGAGCACGAGGUCAACAUCCAGUUCCCGGACAAGGAUGAUGAGAGCCAGGCCCAGGACCAGAUCACCAUCACGGGCUAUGAGAAGAACGCCGAGGCCGCCCGCGAUGCCAUCAUGAAGAUUGUUGGCGAGCUGGAGCAGAUGGUGUCCGAGGAUGUGACGCUGGACCACCGUGUUCAUGCACGCAUCAUUGGAGCGCGUGGCAAAGCCAUCCGCAAAAUCAUGGAUGAGUUCAAGGUGGACAUUCGCUUCCCGCAGAGUGGAGCUCCUGACCCUAACUGUGUGACUGUGACCGGCCUCCCGGAGAACGUGGAAGAAGCUAUUGAUCACAUCCUCAACUUGGAGGAGGAAUACCUUGCAGAUGUGGUGGACAACGAGGCAAUGCAGGUGUACAUGAAGCCCUCUUCCCAUGAGGAGUCCAAGGCCCCGUCCAAGGGCUUCGUGGUGAGAGAUGCCCCCUGGGCCACUGUCAACAACGAGAAGGCCCCCGAUAUGAGCAGUUCUGAAGACUUCCCCAGCUUUGGGGCUCAAGUGGCCCCCAAGACUCUUCCCUGGGGACCCAAACGAUAAUGACCUGGAAGCAGAACCAUCUCCUCCAGCCCGCUGACCUGACACUAACCUGCCACAAAUCCUUCCUGUCCGAAAUCUGACCCAGCGGCUGGAGCGCAACUCAAUUGCCCCACGAGGUCUCCUAAUGGUGGCUGGAGUGCUAGACCCCCUCCUGCUCCCCUCAGCUAUCACCGUGGCUAGGACCCACCCUCCUCUCUUGAUGGAUCCUCUUUCCUCCUUUGGAACAAGCCUUCCACUCAGAUUCGAACACUAAAUGUGUGUGUUUUCGUUAGAAACUCCAUAAUUGACUCCAAGUGGCUAAGAUUUGCAGCUUCCCGAGCGCUAGCAGAGCACUCUGCUCUCUCGAGCAUGUCUUACUGGGCAUUCUCGCCUUCAUUAGGAGACCUCCGUUACUGUGGCUAGGAAUCUACUUCCUGUCUCAUGACCUCAGGAAAUAAAUUUCCUUGACUUUCUAAAGCCAAAA